CGGAGGGUUCACGGUACUGGUUGGGCGGCGUGGAGCGGGGUGUGAUGCGGCACUGCGGUUCUGAGGCCGUUACUCCGGCUCCUCCAGAGAGGGCGGUGGAGGAGGCUGGAGCGCGGUGGUGAUUUUGUGCCAGGGCUUCCCAGAGGCGCGCUGAAAAGGCUACGGGGCUGAGGAAACUGGGGGAUUAGGGACACACAUUCAAGCCCCCACCCCCCGGGAGGGGAAGGGGGCUGGAAGCGAGGCUUGAGGUCGGCGGAGGGAUGGUGUCUGUUCGGGGGGAAGGGGCGAGCCCUGCCUGUCGUUGGUGAGGGGCUGCGGGCAGGCGAGGCUCCGCGGGUCGUAGCGGCUCCAUGCCCACUGGUGGGUGGAACGUGUUGAGCGGGACGCGGAGGUCGAGCCUGGUGGCCGCUCGGAACCCUCAACAUACUAUCUAACGUGGUAUUUCAUUUAGCCCACGUUGGGAUUAAUUCAUUGCGGGCAGCUUCGCUGGUCUGGCUCCUCCAGGAGCUGGGCAACCUUGACGGGCUUUUUGUCUUGCUGCUCCAGCCCCCUUUCCCUUCCUCCUCCUCCAGAUGCCUUUUCUCUGCCCCUCCUCGCCCGGUACAGACAUUUCCAGCGCAAGCUGCCGCUCGUGGCUGCUGUCGAAGCCGCUUCUCGGGAUUUCGGCUUGUUCCCCUCUGGGGUGUUUUUUGAGGAGGGAGAGUUUUUCUCCCCUCCACGAUGGGAUUUUCUUCCUGUGCCAAAAUGGACUUUCACUGAUUUCUACUUACUUCUUCAACGUUUAGUGAUCAAUUCCCUAGGCGUAUUUUUGUGGUAGUUCCCUUUUUCAAAUACAUUAUCUGUAAAAUGGAGAACGAAAUUUUUACUCCCCUCCUGGAGCAGUUUAUGACCAGCCCCUUGGUCACUUGGGUUAAAACGUUUGGACCUCUGGCUGCAGGAAAUGGGACCAACCUGGAUGAAUAUGUGGCUUUGGUUGAUGGGGUAUUCUUGAACCAGGUCAUGCUCCAAAUCAAUCCUAAAUCGGAGAGUCAGAGAGUAAAUAAAAAGGUCAACAAUGAUGCAUCACUUAGAAUUCAUAAUCUAUCCAUUUUGGUGAGACAGAUAAAAUUUUAUUACCAGGAGACUUUGCAGCAAUUGAUCAUGAUGUCAUUGCCAAAUGUCUUAAUCAUUGGCAAAAAUCCUUUUUCUGAACAAGGCACAGAAGAAGUUAAAAAGUUGCUUUUACUUUUACUGGGUUGUGCAGUUCAGUGUCAGAAAAAAGAAGAAUUUAUUGAAAGAAUUCAAGGUUUAGAUUUUGAUACAAAAGCAGCAGUUGCCGCACAUAUUCAAGAGGUAACUCAUAAUCAGGAAAAUGUGUUUGAUCUGCAAUGGAUGGAAGUGACUGAUAUGUCUCAGGAGGAAAUAGAGCCACUCUUGAAAAAUAUGGCAUUACAUCUAAAAAGACUUAUAGAUGAAAGAGAUGAACAUUCAGAGACUAUCGUAGAACUCUCUGAAGAACGGGAUGGUCUUCAUUUUUUACCCCAUGCCUCUUCAUCUGCACAGUCACCCUGUGGUUCUCCAGGCAUGAAGCGAACAGAAAGUCGACAACAUCUGUCAGUGGAACUGGCAGAUGCUAAGGCAAAGAUAAGAAGGCUUAGACAGGAAUUGGAGGAAAAGACUGAACAGUUGUUGGACUGUAAACAAGAACUUGAGCAAAUGGAAAUAGAACUAAAAAGGCUGCAACAAGAGAACAUGAAUUUGCUUUCGGAUGCUCGUUCCGCUAGAAUGUACCGAGAUGAAUUAGAUGCACUUCGGGAGAAGGCAAUCAGAGUGGAUAAGCUUGAAAGUGAAGUCAGCAGAUACAAAGAAAGACUACAUGAUAUUGAAUUUUAUAAGGCAAGAGUUGAGGAAUUAAAAGAAGAUAAUCAAGUUUUAUUAGAAACAAAAACCAUGUUGGAAGAUCAAUUAGAAGGAACUAGAGCUCGUUCUGAUAAAUUACAUGAAUUAGAAAAAGAGAAUUUACAACUGAAAGCUAAACUGCAUGAUAUGGAAAUGGAACGUGAUAUGGAUAGAAAAAAGAUUGAAGAAUUAAUGGAAGAAAAUAUGACUUUGGAAAUGGCACAGAAACAAAGUAUGGAUGAAUCAUUACAUCUUGGCUGGGAGCUGGAACAAAUAUCUAGAACUAGCGAACUCUCUGAAGCACCACAAAAAUCCUUGGGCCAUGAAGUGAAUGAAUUAACAUCAAGUAGAUUAUUGAAGUUGGAGAUGGAAAACCAGAGUCUGACAAAAACUGUGGAAGAACUUCGGAGUACUAUGGAUUCUGCCGAAGGCAACACUUCCAAAAUCCUGAAAAUUGAAAAAGAAAAUCAAAGACUAAGUAAAAAGGUUGAAAUUCUUGAAAACGAGAUUAUUCAAGAAAAGCAAAGUCUUCAGAAUUGUCAGAAUUUAAGCAAGGAUCUAAUGAAGGAGAAGGCUCAACUUGAAAAAACAAUUGAAACACUUAGAGAAAAUUCAGAAAGACAGAUUAAAAUAUUGGAACAGGAAAAUGAACAUCUGAAUCAAACCGUGUCUUCUUUAAGGCAGCGAUCCCAGAUAAGUGCUGAAGCGAGGGUGAAAGACAUUGAAAAAGAAAAUAAAAUUCUCCAUGAAUCUAUCAAAGAAACAAGUAGCAAGUUAAGUAAGAUUGAAUUUGAAAAAAGACAAAUUAGGAAAGAAUUGGAACAUUAUAAAGAAAAAGGAGAACGAGCAGAAGAACUUGAAAAUGAGUUGCAUCAUCUUGAGAAAGAAAAUGAAUUGUUACAGAAAAAGAUAACCAAUUUAAAAAUUACUUGUGAAAAAAUUGAGGCCUUAGAACAAGAAAAUUCAGAGCUAGAAAGAGAAAAUAGAAAAUUAAAAAAAACAUUAGAUAGUUUUAAAAACCUUACUUUUCAGUUAGAAUCCCUAGAAAAAGAGAAUUCCCAACUAGAUGAGGAAAACUUAGAACUGCGAAGGAAUGUGGAAUCUUUGAAGUGUGCAAGCAUGAAAAUGGCUCAGCUACAGCUAGAAAAUAAAGAACUGGAAAGUGAAAAAGAGCAGCUUAAGAAGGGUUUAGAACUCAUGAAAGCAUCUUUCAAGAAAACAGAACGCUUAGAAGUUAGCUACCAGGGUUUAGAUACAGAAAAUCAGAGGCUACAGAAAGCUCUAGAAAAUAGCAAUAAAAAAAUUCAACAGUUAGAGAGUGAACUACAAGACUUAGAGAUGGAAAAUCAAACAUUGCAGAAAAACCUAGAAGAGUUAAAAAUAUCCAGCAAAAGACUAGAACAACUAGAAAAAGAAAAUAAAUCAUUAGAGCAAGAGACUUCUCAACUGGAAAAAGAUAAGAAGCAACUGGAGAAAGAAAAUAAAAGACUCCGACAGCAAGCAGAAAUAAAAGAUACCACAUUGGAAGAAAAUAAUGUGAAAAUUGGGAAUUUGGAAAAAGAAAACAAAACCCUUUUCAAAGAGAUCAGUAUUUUUAAAGAAUCCUGCAUUCGUCUGAAAGAAUUAGAGAAAGAAAAUAAGGAGCUUGUGAAAAGAGCAACUAUUGAUGUAAAAACUUUGGUUACAUUACGAGAGGAUUUGGUGUGUGAAAAAUUGAAGACUCAACAAAUGAAUAAUGAUCUUGAAAAAUUAACUCAUGAGCUUGAAAAGAUAGGGCUAAAUAAAGAGCGACUCUUGCAUGAUGAGCAGAGUACUGAUGACAGUAGGUACAAACUUUUGGAAUCAAAAUUAGAAUCAACUCUAAAGAAGUCUCUUGAAAUUAAAGAAGAAAAAAUUGCUGCUUUAGAAGCUCGAUUAGAAGAAUCCACAAAUUACAACCAGCAGUUGCGCCAAGAACUUAAAACAGUGAAAAAGAACUAUGAAGCUCUCAAACAAAGACAAGAUGAAGAAAGGACGGUACAGAGCUCUCCUCCAACUUCUGGUGAAGAUAAUAAAUGGGAGCGAGAAAGUCAAGAAACGACUAGAGAGCUUCUGAAGGUUAAAGACAGAUUAAUUGAAGUAGAAAGAAAUAAUGCUACAUUGCAAGCAGAGAAGCAAGCACUGAAAACUCAACUGAAGCAACUUGAGACACAGAACAAUAAUUUGCAGGCUCAGAUUCUUGCACUUCAGAGGCAGACAGUGUCCUUACAGGAGCAGAAUACUACUCUUCAAACGCAGAAUGCGAAGCUUCAGGUUGAAAAUUCUACCCUUAAUUCCCAAAGUACUUCACUGAUGAACCAGAAUGCACAACUCCUAAUCCAGCAGUCUUCCUUAGAAAAUGAAAAUGAAGCUGUAAUCAAAGAGCGAGAAGACCUGAAAUCUCUCUAUGAUUCUCUGAUCAAAGAUCAUGAAAAGCUGGAACUUCUUCAUGAACGGCAGGCUUCAGAGUAUGAGUCUCUCAUCGCUAAACAUGGAACUCUAAAGUCUGCCCACAAAAAUCUUGAAGUAGAACAUAAAGACCUUGAAGAUCGUUACAAUCAGUUACUAAAACGGAAAGGACAAUUGGAAGAUUUGGAAAAAACACUGAAAGUAGAACAGGAAAAAAUGCUGCUUGAAAACAAAAACCAUGAGACUAUAGCUGCAGAAUAUAAGAAACUUUGUGGUGAAAAUGAUAGGUUGAAUCAUACAUAUAAUCAGCUUGUAAAAGAAACUGAAGUUUUACAAACUGACCAUAAAAACUUGAAAAGUCUUCUAAAUAAUUCCAAACUGGAACAAACCAGAUUAGAAGCUGAAUUUUCAAAGUUAAAGGAACAAUACCAACAGUUGGACAUCACAUCCACCAAGCUCAAUAACCAGUGUGAGUUGCUAAGCCAACUUAAAGGAAAUUUAGAAGAAGAAAAUCGACAUCUACUAGAUCAAAUUCAGACAUUAAUGCUACAGAACAGAACACUAUUGGAGCAAAAUAUGGAAAGCAAAGAUCUCUUUCAUGUUGAACAAAGACAAUACAUCGAUAAGUUAAAUGAAUUAAGACGACAAAAGGAGAAAUUAGAAGAGAAAAUAAUGGAUCAAUACAAAUUUUAUGACCCAUCUCCCCCUAGAAGGAGAGGCAACUGGAUUACUCUAAAGAUGAGAAAAUUGAUAAAAUCUAAGAAAGAUAUUAAUCGGGAACGUCAGAAAUCUCUUACAUUAACACCUACCCGCUCAGACUCCAGUGAAGGAUUUCUUCAACUCCCCCAUCAAGAUAGUCAAGAUAGUUCUUCAGUAGGCUCAAAUUCUUUAGAAGAUGGCCAAACUUUGGGGACCAAGAAAAGCAGCAUGGUUGCACUGAAAAGACUGCCCUUUUUGAGGAACAGACCGAAGGAUAAAGACAAAAUGAAGGCCUGCUACCGUCGUUCCAUGUCCAUGAAUGACCUGGUGCAGUCCAUGGUCCUAGCAGGAGGACAGUGGACAGGUAGUACUGAGAAUUUGGAGGUUCCUGAUGAUAUUUCAACGGGUAAAAGGAGAAAAGAAUUGGGAGCUAUGGCCUUCUCUACUACAGCCAUCAACUUUUCAACUGUCAACUCUUCUACAGGCUUCAGAUCCAAGCAGUUGGUUAAUAAUAAAGAUACUACAUCCUUUGAAGACAUAAGUCCACAAGGUAUUAGUGAUGAUUCUAGUACGGGAUCAAGAGUUCAUGCUUCAAGACCAGCCAGCCUUGAUAGUAGCAGAACAUCCACUAGCAAUAGUAAUAAUAAUGCUUCACUCCAUGAAGUCAAAGCAGGUGCAGUUAAUAUCCAAAGCAGGCCACAAAGCCACAGCAGUGGAGAAUUUAGCCUGCUUCAUGAUCAUGAAGCUUGGUCCAGCAGUGGUAGCAGUCCAAUCCAAUACUUGAAAAGACAGACCAGAUCAAGUCCAAUGCUCCAGCACAAAAUGCCUGAAACGUUAGAGAGUCGAGCACAUCACAAGAUCAAAACUGGUUCUCCUGGAAGUGAAGUUGUUACUCUACAACAGUUUUUGGAAGAAAGCAACAAGCUUACCUCAAUACAGAUAAAGUCCUCAAGUCAAGAGAAUCUUUUAGAUGAAGUAAUGAAAAGUUUGUCUGUCUCUUCUGACUUUUUGGGAAAAAACAAACCAGUUAGCUGUGGUCUGGCCAGGUCAGUAAGUGGAAAAACCCCAGGAGACUUCUACGAUAGACGGACAAGUAAGCCUGAACAAUUUAUGAGACCCAGUCCUCGAAAGACUGAAGAUGCCUACUUCAUUAGCUCUCCAGGAAAACCUACCUUAGGCACUCAAGGAAAGAUAAAAUUAGUGAAAGAAACUUCUCUGUCACGACAAUCAAAAGAUAGUAAUCCUUAUGCCACUUUACCUCGUGCAAGCAGUGUGAUCUCUACUGCUGAAGGAACUACUCGAAGGACAAGCAUCCAUGAUUUUCUGACCAAGGACAGUAGACUACCUAUAUCAGUUGAUUCUCCACCAGCUACUGCUGAUAGCAACAUCACUGCAGCAUCUCAUGUGGACAAAGUACAAGAAAGCAGAAAUUCAAAAAGCAGGUCUAGGGAGCAACAAAGCUCCUAAUUCUAUUACCCACUACAUGACAUGUGGGCCAAGUGGAAUCCACUCCCCCCCCCACCCCCCACAAUGUUCUUGAUAAUUGAGAAUAAACAGUAAAUUACGUACCUUUUCUGUGCAGAGCCACUCAAAGAAAAAUUGUCUCUUUCUGUCACUCUCUCAUUUCUAUAGAAGACCUAUCUGGUGCAUGUUGUUCGUAUAGUGGCUGCUCUGUAUUUUAUAUCUCUCUUAUCUUCAAGCUUUUCUUACAUUUUCUUUCUUCUUUCUACCUUCCAACUAAAUACAGAGAGAAAAGUGUCCUUCAGUUUCUCAGUGUGAAGCCUUUAUUUCUGAAGUAACAAGACACCCAACUAUAGGAAUCAUUUUAAAAAUCUUUAAGGAGACUUUAAACAAUCCUUCGUGACUAGAGCAGGCAAGAAAUACAAAACCUUCAUUCCUUCCUUGAAUCAAGGAGCACUACUGGAGUCAACUGCCAAAAUUUUUAGAAGGUUUUAGGACUUACUAUACAUUGUAUUGUUAAGAUCUACUGAAUAAAGGAUGUUCUCUCUCUAAGGAUCAAGUGUUUUAAGGUUUCAAGAAGUACUCCAAGAACAAUCUACUUCUUUCGUCAUUUGUUUAUGAAUUUAUCCAUGUUUGCUUAAUGCUUCUGCUAAGUAUUAGCCAGAAUCUAGCCAUUUAUAUUUAGUUGUGUAAAUCUAAAAUGCUGUAUGUUGUGGAAUGUACUAUAUAUCAAGAUACAGAGAACAUUGUUUUGGCAUGUCAGAGCCUUAUUUGGUUAGCAGACUGCAUGUGUUGGUAUUCUUUUUUUUUUUUUUUAACUAAUUAUUUUGAUGCACUGCAAAAGAAAUUCAGUUUAUAAGAUAAAUCUGAAAAAUAGGAGUUAUAAAAAAUUUACAGUAAUAUUAAUAUUUCCAUAUUCCUCAUUAAGCAACACUAAGCAUUCACAAUCCAAGGUAAUUAAAAAGAGUGUUUUUCUGAAACUUUUUUAGUAAGGUGGUUUUCCAGCAAGUUGCAUUCCCAAGAUAAAACUGUUAUGUUUUAAUUCAUUUCCCUUCUUUAGUAUUGGGUUAUAUAUGUGUGUUUGUUUUUUUAACAUGAGAGCUGACUAUUGCUUAAGAAGUUUUCUUAUGGCAAAAAAAAAUGUAAAUAAUUUACUAUGAUCUGCAUUUUGCCAGGAACUCAUUUAUUUUUAAGGUUAUCACAUAUUAAUAAGAACUUUUCUGUUUUUGUCCUUUAUAAUAUUGCAUUAAAGUUGGUAACUGUUAUUGGUACUUUUGAAAUAUUUGUAUGCAUUUGUUACCUUAAACAUUUGAAAGAAGCACAAAAAAAGUAGAUUUAGUUAACCCAGGGAAACAUCAGUUUUUUUGUAGCUCCAAUUUUAUAUCACAGUUUUAUUUUCUUAUGAAAUCAAAAAAGGCAUUGAUACUUAUUAAUGCAAAUUCAUUACUUAACAUAAAUAUCAGAAUAAUCUUAAAGGUCUGAAAUGAGAAAGAUAGUGACUUUUUUAUUUUAACAGUGUACUUCUUAGGCUCUCAUUACCAGCUCUAAAAAAUCUUUUUGGAACAACUCCAUAUUCAUAGUGUGUGGUUUAGGAACUGUGUGUUUCAUCACUAACCUAGUAACUGUGAGAAAUGUGUAUGUUCUCUCCCCCCCACCCCAUUCUCUCCUUCCCUCUCUCUCUCUUUCCCACUCUCUAUCCCUUUCCCUCUCUGUUUUUGGUAGGCCAGUAGCAGUAUUGUGUUCAUAGUCUACUUUCAGAAAGACUUACUAAUGAAAAGAAAGACAGCAUGUAUAGUUGACCAGAAAUUAAAAAGGAAUUUAGAGAACUUGGACUUAUCUUAAUGCCACCAUUAACUUAGGUUUUGCCGCCAAAUAAUGCUGUAAACUCUUGGAUGAAAGGUGCUAUGUAAAUGUAAAUACAAAGGAUUCUUACUAAAAUACAAAUAUUGCACAACAGACAUAUUUAAAACUUAAUCUCUAGACUUUGAAACAUCUCUCUCCGUUGUGACUCCCUAGAUUCAAGUAUCAAAUUGAUAAUGGGCAUCAUGGCAGUCUAGAGAUACUUGCAUGUAAAAAAUGUAAAUUCAUUUUUAGGUGGAUAAAUUGAAAGUAAAUAUAGAAGUUAUGUUUUAGCUAAAUACAGUAAGUGGGUAACUUAGAUUUAUAUUAACUAGCAUCUAAUUUGCACAACUAGGACACAUCCCAGGACAGUUACUAAAAGUUGGAAUUUAAUGAGUAGGAGUUUGCCCAGUGAGAUGAAUCAUACCACAGCUUGACCUCUCCAGAACACUAAUGUCCUAAAAUAGAGAACCUGUUGACUUAAGCAGCACAUUAUUGCUUCAUGCAGAAAAUGCUUAGGGACAGCCUCUAUAGUACUGAGACUCAGUAUGCUGACCCUGAGAAAGUGCAGUUAGAGACAACCAAGGAAAUACUGAAGACCGCAAAAGUAGGAAUAUUCUCGAUUAUAUUCAUAACCUUUUUCAUACCAUUUCAAGGAAGGACUAGAUAAUAACCUCAUGAAUACUUUACUUUCUCCAAAAGAUUCAGAAGCAAACUUAGUAGGAGGUCACUCUUUUCCCUUAAACUGCUUCUACCAAACAAAAUGUUUGGCCACCUAGAAACUUAAGGGGGCCUGACAUGCUUUUAUCUGGCUGUCUUCUAAAUCAACACCUAACCCCUUAGGAAACUGAAAAAUUAAUAUACAGGGUAAUAGCUUCGGCAAAGAGCUCCAAUAAAGUGCUUCAGAUCUGGCCAUGUGGAAAUGUUUGGUCCACGUUUUGAACUGGUGGUUACCAAAGAGUUCACGUAACAGGUUUGUAUGUAGCACCUUUCAUGCAAGGCAUGGUAAGAGCCUAUUAAAAACUCACUGUGCAUAUUACAGAAUUGCAGCCACCUCACAAAUGAAGUAUUAGAGCCUGCACUGUCUUAACAGUUUAUGUCAGGAAGUGAAAAAGAUACUGUACCAAAUCUGGAAUUACAAUGAGGAGUAAUAAUGUAUGCUAAAUGACUUUGUGUUUUUAAGUGACUUUUUAUGAGAAAAGUGAAUUUUUGUGUUUUUUUCUGCUUCACUUAGUCCUGAGAUGUAUUUUUUCUUUAAGCCUUGAAUGAGUAAUACAAAAGGAGCCCAUUUGUGAUAUAAACCUUGAUGUACAUGUUGAGAUAUUGGGACAACAAUGAAAAUGCCUUAAAAGGAAUGCUUAUGGAUAAAGUUGCACUUAUAACAGCACCCUUUAACAAAACCUGAUUUUAAAUUGUCUUUUUCAUUUCUAAGGGUUCUCUUUCAAUGUUUGCCAUUGUACUUACAACUGUUAUUAAAUACCAAAUCAAAUAAUA